CUAGUCGGCGCGGGCAGCCGCCCAGGAGAGGCGCGGCCUCCGCACAGGCGGGGGGCGUCGGCGCCCCGGGGCUCGCCAUGGCCGCGUCCGAGCUCUACACAAAGUUUGCCAGGGUUUGGAUACCUGAUCCCGAGGAAGUUUGGAAGUCAGCAGAGUUGCUCAAAGAUUAUAAGCCAGGAGAUAAAGUCCUCCUGCUUCACCUUGAGGAUGGAAAGGAUUUGGAAUAUCAUCUAGAUCCAAAGACGAAGGAACUGCCUCACUUAAGAAACCCUGACAUACUUGUGGGUGAAAAUGACCUCACAGCCCUCAGCUAUCUACAUGAGCCUGCUGUACUCCACAAUCUCAGAGUCCGCUUUAUUGAUUCCAAACUUAUUUAUACAUAUUGUGGUAUAGUCCUAGUAGCUAUAAAUCCUUAUGAACAGCUGCCUAUUUAUGGAGAAGAUAUUAUUAAUGCAUAUAGUGGUCAGAACAUGGGUGAUAUGGAUCCACAUAUCUUUGCAGUAGCUGAAGAAGCUUACAAGCAAAUGGCCAGAGAUGAACGAAAUCAGUCCAUCAUUGUAAGUGGAGAGUCUGGGGCAGGAAAAACAGUUUCAGCUAAGUAUGCCAUGCGAUACUUUGCAACUGUAAGUGGUUCCGCCAGUGAAGCCAAUGUUGAGGAAAAGGUGUUGGCAUCCAACCCCAUCAUGGAGUCAAUCGGAAAUGCUAAGACAACCAGGAAUGAUAAUAGCAGCCGUUUUGGGAAGUACAUUGAGAUUGGUUUUGAUAAGAGAUAUCGAAUCAUUGGUGCCAAUAUGAGAACUUACCUUUUAGAGAAGUCCAGAGUGGUGUUCCAGGCAGAAGAGGAGAGAAACUAUCAUAUCUUCUAUCAGCUUUGUGCCUCAGCAAAGUUACCUGAAUUUAAAAUGCUGCGAUUAGGAGACGCAAAUAACUUUCAUUACACGAAUCAAGGUGGCAGUCCUGUGAUUGAAGGAGUAGAUGAUGCCAAGGAGAUGGCACAAACCAGGCAGGCCUGCACUUUGCUAGGAAUUAGUGAAUCUUAUCAGAUGGGAAUUUUCCGAAUACUUGCUGGCAUCCUUCACUUAGGCAAUGUUGGAUUUAUGUCUCGAGAUUCAGACAGCUGCACAAUCCCUCCCAAGCAUGAACCUCUCAGCAUCUUCUGUGACCUCAUGGCUGUGGACUUUGAGGAGAUGUGUCACUGGCUCUGCCAUCGGAAGCUGGCUACUGCCACGGAGACAUACAUCAAGCCCAUCUCCAAGCUGCAGGCCACGAAUGCCCGCGAUGCAUUGGCCAAGCACAUCUAUGCCAAGCUCUUUAACUGGAUUGUAGAUCAUGUCAAUCAAGUUCUCCAUUCUGCUGUCAAACAGCACUCUUUUAUCGGUGUGCUGGACAUUUAUGGAUUUGAAACAUUUGAGAUAAAUAGUUUUGAACAGUUCUGCAUAAAUUAUGCAAAUGAAAAACUACAGCAACAAUUCAAUAUGCAUGUCUUCAAAUUAGAACAAGAGGAAUAUAUGAAAGAACAAAUUCCAUGGACACUCAUAGAUUUUUAUGAUAAUCAGCCUUGCAUUAAUCUUAUAGAAUCUAAACUGGGCAUUCUAGAUUUGCUGGAUGAGGAAUGCAAGAUGCCUAAAGGCACAGAUGACACUUGGGCCCAAAAAUUGUACAACACACAUUUGAACAAAUGUGCGCUCUUUGAGAAGCCCCGUCUAUCAAACAAAGCUUUCAUCAUCCAGCAUUUUGCUGACAAAGUGGAAUACCAGUGUGAAGGCUUUCUGGAAAAGAAUAAAGACACUGUUUUUGAAGAACAAAUUAAAGUACUUAAAUCAAGCAAGUUUAAGAUGCUACCGGAAUUAUUUCAAGAUGAUGAGAAGGCCAUCAGUCCAAGCUCAGCCACCUCUUCAGGGCGCACACUCCUCUCCCGCAUUCCUGCAAAGCCCACCAAAGGCAGACCAGGCCAGGCGGCCAAAGAGCACAAGAAAACGGUGGGGCACCAGUUCCGAAACUCCCUUCACCUGCUUAUGGAGACCCUGAAUGCCACUACCCCUCACUACGUGCGCUGUAUUAAGCCUAACGACUUCAAGUUCCCAUUCACGUUUGAUGAGAAGAGGGCGGUACAGCAGCUGAGAGCGUGCGGUGUCCUGGAAACCAUCCGAAUCAGCGCAGCAGGUUUCCCCUCUCGGUGGACUUACCAAGAAUUUUUCAGCCGCUACCGUGUCCUAAUGAAGCAAAAAGAUGUGCUAAGUGAGAGAAAACAAACAUGCAAGAAUGUUUUAGAGAAACUGAUACUGGACAAGGACAAAUACCAGUUUGGGAAGACAAAGAUCUUUUUCCGUGCUGGUCAAGUGGCGUAUCUGGAAAAAUUGAGGGCAGACAAGUUGAGGGCUGCCUGCAUCCGGAUCCAGAAGACGAUCCGAGGGUGGCUGCUGCGGAAGAAGUUCCUGCGCAUGCGCAAGGCUGCCGUCACUGUGCAGAGAUACGUGCGAGGCCACCAGGCCCGAUGUUAUGCUAAGUUCCUGCGCAGAACCAAGGCAGCAACCAUCAUUCAGAAGUAUUGGCGCAUGUAUGUAAUCCGCCGGAGGUACAAGAUCAGGCGGACUGCCACGAUCAUCCUUCAGUCUUACCUGCGAGGCUACUUGGCCAGAAAUAGGUAUCGCAAGAUACUCCGUGAGCACAAAGCAGUCAUCAUUCAGAAGUGGGUCCGGGGCUGGCUGGCUCGCACCUACUACAAGAGGAGUAUGCACGCCAUCAUCUACCUUCAGUGCUGCUUCCGGCGGAUGAUGGCCAAGCGUGAGCUGAAGAAGCUCAAGAUCGAGGCCCGCUCUGUGGAGCGCUAUAAGAAGCUCCACAUUGGCAUGGAGAACAAGAUCAUGCAGCUGCAGCGCAAAGUUGAUGAACAGAACAAAGACUACAAAUGCCUCAUGGAGAAACUGACCAAUCUGGAAGGAAUAUACAACUCUGAGACCGAGAAGCUACGAAGUGACUUAGAACGUCUUCAGCUAAGUGAGGAAGAAGCUAAGAUUGCGACUGGACGUGUCCUCAGUCUGCAGGAAGAAAUUGCCAAGCUCCGGAAAGACCUGGAACAAACUCAGUGUGAGAAAAAAUCCAUUGAAGAAUGUGCUGAUAGAUACAAACAAGAAACUGAGCAGUUGGUAUCAAAUCUGAAGGAAGAAAAUACUUUGCUGAAGCAGGAAAAAGAGGCCCUCAAUCACCUUAUCGUGGAGCAGGCUAAGGAGAUGACAGAGACUAUGGAAAAGAAGUUAAUAGAAGAAACAAAACAACUGGAACUCGAUCUUAAUGAUGAAAGGCUGAGAUAUCAGAACCUUCUGAAUGAGUUCAGUCGCUUGGAAGAACGAUAUGAUGACCUCAAGGAAGAGAUGACUUUGAUGAUUAAUGUGCCUAAGCCUGGACACAAGAGAACAGACUCCACCCACAGCAGCAAUGAGUCCGAAUACACCUUUAGCUCUGAAAUUGCAGAAACUGAAGACAUUCCAUCAAGGACAGAGGAGCCAAGCGAGAAGAAGGUGCCUCUGGACAUGUCAUUGUUCCUCAAGCUCCAGAAGCGGGUCACAGAGCUGGAGCAGGAGAAGCAGGUGAUGCAGGAUGAGCUGGACCGCAAGGAGGAGCAGGUGCUCCGAAGUAAGGCAAAGGAAGAAGAAAGACCACAAAUUAGAGGUGCAGAACUGGAAUAUGAGUCACUCAAGCGUCAAGAACUAGAAUCAGAAAACAAAAAACUGAAAAAUGAGCUGAAUGAAUUACGCAAGGCCCUUAGUGAGAAAGGUGCCCCCGAGGUGACCGCUCCAGGUGCACCGGCCUACCGUGUCCUCAUGGAGCAGCUGACUUCUGUGAGUGAGGAGCUCGAUGUCCGCAAGGAGGAAGUCCUCAUCUUGAGGUCUCAACUGGUGAGCCAGAAAGAGGCCAUCCAACCCAAGAAUACAAUGACAGAUUCCACAAUACUUUUAGAAGAUGUACAAAAAAUGAAAGAUAAAGGCGAAAUAGCACAAGCAUAUAUCGGUUUGAAAGAAACAAACAGAUCAUCUGCUGUGGAUGGCCAUGAGUUGAAUGAGGAUGGAGAGCUGUUGCUGGUUUAUGAAGGGUUAAAACAAGCCAACAGGCUCCUGGAAUCGCAGCUGCAGUCGCAGAAGAGGAGCCAUGAGAAUGAGGCCGAAGCCCUCCGCGGGGAGAUCCAGAGCCUGAAGGAGGAGAACAACCGGCAGCAGCAGCUACUGGCCCAGAACCUGCAGCUGCCCCCAGAGGCCCGCAUCGAGGCCAGCCUGCAGCACGAGAUCACCCGGCUCACCAACGAGAACCUGUAUUUUGAGGAAUUAUAUGCAGAUGAUCCUAAGAAGUAUCAAUCAUAUCGGAUUUCACUUUACAAACGGAUGAUUGAUUUGAUGGAACAACUCGAAAAACAAGAUAAGACUGUCCGGAAACUGAAAAAACAACUGAAAGUAUUUGCCAAAAAAAUUGGUGAACUAGAAGUGGGCCAGAUGGAGAACAUAUCCCCAGGACAGAUCAUUGAUGAGCCCAUUCGUCCAGUCAACAUUCCCAGAAAAGAAAAGGAUUUCCAAGGAAUGCUGGAAUACAAGAAGGAGGAUGAGCAAAAACUUGUUAAGAACUUGAUUCUGGAACUGAAGCCACGUGGUGUAGCCGUCAACUUGAUUCCCGGGUUACCAGCGUAUAUCCUGUUUAUGUGUGUUCGACACGCUGACUACCUGAACGAUGACCAGAAAGUAAGGUCGUUGCUAACAUCAACAAUAAACAGCAUCAAAAAAGUAUUAAAGAAAAGAGGUGAUGAUUUUGAAACUGUCUCCUUCUGGCUUUCUAACACAUGCCGAUUUUUGCACUGUUUGAAGCAGUACAGUGGAGAAGAGGGCUUUAUGAAACACAACACAUCUCGCCAGAAUGAACACUGCCUCACCAAUUUUGACCUGGCUGAGUACCGACAGGUGCUAAGUGACUUGGCCAUUCAGAUCUACCAGCAGCUCGUGCGGGUGUUAGAGAACAUCCUCCAGCCAAUGAUAGUCUCCGGAAUGCUAGAGCAUGAAACCAUUCAGGGUGUGUCUGGGGUGAAGCCCACAGGCCUAAGAAAGCGAACCUCCAGCAUUGCUGAUGAGGGUACCUACACAUUGGACUCCAUCCUGCGGCAGCUCAACUCCUUCCACUCAGUCAUGUGUCAGCACGGCAUGGACCCUGAACUGAUCAAGCAGGUGGUCAAGCAGAUGUUCUACAUCGUGGGGGCCGUCACACUGAACAACCUCCUCCUACGGAAGGACAUGUGCUCCUGGAGUAAAGGCAUGCAGAUCAGGUACAAUGUCAGUCAACUAGAAGAAUGGCUGCGUGACAAGAAUCUGAUGAACAGUGGGGCUAAGGAAACCCUGGAACCUCUCAUUCAGGCUGCUCAACUUUUGCAAGUGAAAAAGAAAACAGAUGAUGAUGCAGAAGCCAUUUGUUCCAUGUGUAAUGCUUUAACUACUGCCCAGAUUGUCAAAGUGUUGAAUUUGUAUACUCCAGUUAACGAGUUUGAAGAAAGAGUCUCUGUGUCAUUUAUUCGUACUAUACAGAUGCGUUUACGAGACAGGAAAGACUCUCCUCAGCUGCUCAUGGAUGCUAAACACAUCUUUCCUGUCACCUUUCCUUUUAACCCAUCUUCCCUUGCGCUAGAAACCAUCCAGAUUCCAGCCAGCCUGGGCCUGGGAUUCAUAUCACGGGUCUGAAAGUAAUGUCAAGGAAAAUAUUGACAAUACACUACUUGCCUGAAAUAGUCCAUUAUUUCAAGUGAGCUACUGAAAACACAUUUUAAAAGAGAUAGUACUUAUUAUCUCCCAAACAAGGGGUUAUUGACUGGAACUCCCCCUAGAAUACUUUUCAUCAUCUUAGAAAGAAAGAUAGGCUCCUUUGUGCUGUGUUACCUUUAUAACAACACUCAUCCUGGAUCAGUUAGGUAUCUGCAGUUGAAGUGCAGGUGAAUGAUGGAAGGAAGGAAAAAAAUGUGUCUUCAGCUGCCAGCAUUUAUUUUAAAUCCUUAUCGCUGUAUCUAAAUGAUAUCAAAAACCUAAAUUCUAGAUAUGAAUAUGAGCUGUUGUUAGAAAGGCACCAAUAAGGAACCUCCUCUGCGCUAACCAGAAGAAUUGAAAGAAAAAUCACCACUGAGUACAUAUCAUACUAGUUUAGGAAUCAAUUAUGUUGCUACUGUCCAACUGGAACAAAGAAAUAAACUGGCAAUAUG